AUGAAAAAUUUAAGUGGAGGUGUAAACCAACAAACAGUCGGAAAACUGUACUGCUCUGCGGAAUUUAUUGGAAAGGUACAUGGCGAGUUCAUUUUUCUCUCUGUCAUUAACCUUUUUUUGUCAAUUACAGCAUUUUUGGGGAAUACUCUGAUCCUAGUUGCCCUUCACAAGGACACAUCAAUUCACCCGCCAUCCAAACUCCUGUAUCGUAACCUAGCGAAAACUGAUCUUUGCGUUGGUGUUAUUGGGGAACGUCUACUCGUUGCAUAUUGGAUUUCUGUCAUGAACGAACGAUGGGAUAUUUGCUAUUACAUACAUUUGACAGGAUAUUUCCUAGGUGUUACUUUGUGUUCAGUGUCGUUGAUAACACUGACUGCAAUAAGUGUGGAGAGACUUCUCGCUUUGCUACUGGGUCUCAGAUACAGAGAAGUUGUAACUUUGAAGAGAACACGUUUAAUUGCUACUGGUGGUUGGAUUGUGUCCAUUGUGGGUGCAUCUAUCUCCUUUCUGAAUCUUUUUAUAGUUUCAUUGUACCAAUAUAUUGCUACAGCUUUCUGUUUAGUUACACAAUCUGUGCCUACACAAAAAUUUUUAUGUCUCUGCGUCAUAACCAAAUUCAUGGUCAGAACCAUGUUGUUCAAGGACAAUCGAGCCAAGCAAAUACACUGA